AAUGAAAUUUUUUAAAACUUUCAAAUUUGCUACCGGUUCCGCACGUCCCGACGUCACAGGGACAGGAACAUGGAAGCCGGCAUCGACCGGAGGAGAUGGCCGGGGACGCUGCAGGGGACACAUCGCGGGAGCGAAGGACAAGGUAAGCGCUGCAGGGAAUCCCUAUGCAGCGCCGCAUGGUAAGCCCGAGUGUAGGUUGGGGAUACCGCUUGUGGUACUGAAAUUUUACCCCGAGCUACACUCGGGAAUACCGCCAGGGAGUGAACAGCUGACAUAGUGGGGUUGAUUUAUUAAAACUGAAUAGUGUAAAAUCUGGUGCAGCUGUGCAUGGUAGCCAAUCAGUCUUUAACUUCAGCUUGUUCAUUUAAGCAUUUGACAAUAAAACUUGGAAGCUGAUUGGUUUC